CAUAGCUUCUUCUCUCAUCAAUUACUCAAACUAACACUAGCAAUAUCUUCUUCAAUUCUCUGCUAAACAUCAUGGCUCAUCGGUUCCUUAUCCUUUCUUUUGCCAUUUUGGCUAUGGCUUCUUAUGUUGCCAAUGCAUCUGAUCCCAGCCCUUUGCAGGAUUUCUGUGUUGCAAUCAAUGAUUCCAAGGCUGCUGUGUUUGUUAAUGGAAAGAUUUGCAAGAACCCAAUGGAAGUCAAUGCUGAUGAUUUCCUCUUCCAAGGCCUUAACAAGCCCGGAAACCUAUCAAACCCGCUUGGAUCUGCCGUGACGGCUGUGAACGUGAAUAACUUAGCAGGACUAAACACUCUUGGCAUUUCACUAGCUCGUAUUGAUUUUGCACCCUAUGGCCUCAACCCUCCCCACACCCACCCUAGAGCAACUGAAGUCCUCACUCUCUUGGAAGGAACCCUCUAUGUUGGGUUCGUUCUUUCUAAUCCACCUCCUGGAAUGAAGAACAAGCUCUUUACAAAGACAUUAUAUGCUGGAGAUGUUUUCGUGUUCCCACAAGGUCUAAUUCAUUUCCAAUUCAACAUCGGACAUUCGAACGCCAUUGCUUUUGCAGGUUUGAGUAGCCAGAAUCCAGGAGUCAUUACCAUUGCCAAUGCAGUAUUUGGUUCUGAUCCACCAAUCAACCCAGAUGUUCUAACUAAAGCAUUCCAAGUUGACAAUAAAGUAAUUGAGUAUCUCCAAUCACAAUUCUGGUACAACAAUAAUAACAACUAGACUACCCAAACUGAUAUGAGAUCAGUUAAUACUAUGUAGCAUUUCCAUAAUUCCAUACUUUACUGCUUUAAUUUAUAUUACUCGGAUGUAUUGUGGUGGAAUAAAGUAAUAAAUUUCUCUUUGUUAAGUA